AUGAAAAGCGCAAUAAAGUUUACAGAAAAUCGGACAACAUUUCAGUAUUUUAUCUUCCAAAAUAAAAACAAAACAACAACUGACGGUAUGACAGGUUUAAAUUCAUUAUUUGUUGUUGUUCUUCUUGCUCUGUUAGCUUGCGUUCAUACAAAUGUUCUUCUUGAGCAAUUGCCAACGGCUGCAGAUGAAGAAGUUAGUGAUGCAGAUUUAUUUAAAUUAUUUGGAAAUAAUCGAAAAUUAUCUGACUGUACAGACUGGCACAAAAAAGAACCAGAUCCAAGUGCACUAUUAAUGCAAGUACGAAAAUCGCCCUGUCGCUGUCCGCCGUCAUUCCCGAAAUCCUUUCAUGAUGGUACUGAUGAAUGGACAACUGAUCCUGGUUGUGAUGCUUCUAAACAGCCAAAUACAUGUUCGUAUCAUAUUGGUGCCCAUGGUUGUUAUCGUCAUACAUAUACAUCCAAAGGUCCCGGAACUCAGGCUUGCUAUGACAAAAACGGUGAUUGGAUUGCUGAUCCACGCAAAGGUGCUGGUACUUUGGACAGAUACAAUGCUGUUAAUCAAAAUCUUUUUCAUCUGCUCAAUCAUUAUAACCAUGAUGUUGUUCCAUGGAAUAAUUGUUGCGACGACGCAUCAUUACCAGAAAACAUAUGUGACCUUUAUUAUGAAAAACGACCACCUGGUGAGUGCCAACAUUAUCGGUUUUGA